AUGGCAUUCCUUCCCGCCUCUCUCCACCGAUCUUCACCAGUCUCCCUCCCGGCGGUGCUUCUCCUCCUGCUGCUGCUGCAUGCAGCAGCCAUUGCUCUUUUCACACGCGGAUUCCUCCUCACGCGCGUGGAGCUAUCAGUCCGAAGCACGCCUUCAGAUCGCACGGCGUGGCGAUCAGGCACUGGAGAAUCCCGGAAACACGCAGGCGAAGCAGAAAGCGCGGAGACCAGAAGAAAAGAAGAUUCAGGAGGGGGAAUUGGGAGAGGCGAAUGCGGUAUUAACCGAGAUGACGGGGAUCGGGAUUCCCAGGGGAACGAGGAUUUUGAGCAAGAUGUGGAGGGGUUGAAUGCAUUGUAUGACAAGGUUGUGAUCGUCGUGAUAGACGCUGCGAGGUUCGACUUCGUCGCCAACACGACGAGCUAUAACCAAGGGCGGCCUGGGUCGUGGAUAGGCCGGUUGAAGGCGGUGGGGGAGAUACUGAAAGCCAUGGGGCAUGGCGCUGCUCUCUUCCGAUUCACUGCUGACCCUCCCACCACCUCGCUGCAGAGGAUUAAGGGGCUCACAACGGGUGGACUGCCCACGUUCAUUGACGUAGGCAGCAGCUUUGGAAGCUACACCGUCACAGAGGACAACUUGCUCUUCCAGGACCACGUGGGGCACACCUUUGCAGUGGACUCGCCUAUCAUGGACACCAAGCUCGACCAGAUGAACCAAAUGAUGCUCGACGUGGUGGCAGCAAUGAAGGCACAGGCGCACAGGGGCGGCAGGCACGAGCGCUCGCUGCUGCUCUUCAUGAGCGACCAUGGGCAGACGCUCACAGGGGACCAUGGGGGGGGCACUCCCGAGGAGGCACAUGCCUUCCUCCUCGCAGUCUCCAUGCAACCAGCACCGCACCCGCUGCCUGCCUUUCUCUCUGCCUGCCCCUCCCCUAUUGAUUUCACUCCAACGCUCUCCGUUCUUGUGGGUGCUCCCAUCCCCUUUGCCAGCGUGGGAAAAGUCAACCCGCGCAUGCUCGCACUCUCCCCUGCCGCCUGGGAACCACUGCAACCCCCAGCGCACACAUGCAAUCACACAGAACAAGACUCAAAGAAGCUCACUGAGGAAGGCGGCACGGCCGACCCAUCUGUGCACUUCCUCUCGCGCCUCUCUUUUGCUCUCAUGAUGAACGCCUGGCAGGUGCAUCGAUAUCUCUCUCGCUACUCCAACGAAGCCCCUUCUCCCUUCCCACACCAACCUUUCUCCCACCUGCAACAACUCUACGCACACGCGCAAUCCACAGCCACCCCUCUUCUCCCCUCCUCUCUCCCUCACUCCUCCUCCUCUCUCAUCGCCUCCAUUAAAGCCCAUCUCGCCUAUCUCGAUGCUGCUGCAGCCCUAGCUAGAUCCCAGUGGACUCAUCAUGGGCAAGUUUGGAUGGUGCUGUGGGCGCUGGUGAUGGUGCUCAUGCACUCUCUCAGUCUCAACUCCAACAGCUUCAUAAUGGCGGAGGGACACGUGGCAGCUUUCCUGCUGGCCACGUCAGCACUGCUUCACCUGAGGCAAUCCCUCGUGGCGGUGUUGCCUGCUACUGCAGGCCUUGUUGCUACUGCAGGCCUUGUUUCUGCUGCAGGCCUUGUUUCUGCUGCAGGCCUUGUUUCUGCUGCAGGCCUUGUUUCUGCUGCAGGCCUUGUUUCUGCUGCAGGCCUUGUUUCUGCUGCAGGCCUUGUUUCUGCUGCAGGCCUUGUUUCUGCUGCAGGCCUUGUUUCUGCUGCAGGCCUUGUUUCUGCUGCAGGCCUUGUUUCUGCUGCAGGCCUUGUUUCUGCUGCAGGCCUUGUUUCUGCUGCAGGCCUUGUUUCUGCUGCAGGCCUUGUUUCUGCUGCAGGCCUUGUUUCUGCUGCAGGCCUUGUUUCUGCUGCAGGCCUUGUUUCUGCUGCAGGCCUUGUUUCUGCUGCAGGCCUUGUUUCUGCUGCAGGCCUUGUUUCUGCUGCAGGCCUUGUUUCUGCUGCAGGCCUUGUUUCUGUUGCUAGUUUUGCCACCACAGCAGCAGCAGCAGCAGCAGCAGCAGCAGCAGCAGCAGCAGCAGCAGCAGCAGCAGCAGCAGGUGCAGCAGCGCAGGAGCAGAAGCUUGGUCGUACACUUAUUCAUUUAAUUGGACUGUUUGGCGUGCCCAUUAUACUCGUCGGUGGUCGGUCCAUCCCCAUAAUUCUGCUGCUCGGCAUCCUCCAAGGGAUGCUUUUUCUCAGCCUGAGUCGCAGCCAUGCUUCAGUCCCAUCAUUCAUCCUGUGCUGUGUUGAGUGGAGCCUGCUGUCCUUCCUCCUCUUCUUUGCCUCAGGCCAUGCGUGCACAUUUGACGGAUUGAGGUACACAGCUGCCUUUACUGGGUUUAAUGACUUCCAGUACCACCGCCAAGGAGGCUUGCUCGCGCUAGACACAUUUGGCUUCUCCCACCUCAUACCAGCCCUUGCCGUACCAUUUUUAGCUUUACUGGCUCAUCCACGGACUCAAGACUCGCUGACACAAAAAUCAAUCAAGGCCUUUUUGUUGUUCCUCUUCCCCCGAGUCAUGGCUACUUUCACGACUACAGCAUUUGUUGCUGGAAUGCGACGGCACCUUAUGGUGUGGUCUUUGUUUGCACCAAAGUAUGUUUUUGAUGCUAUAGGGCUGGUUGUGAUGGAUGUUAUGUUGCUUUUUGUUUCAUCUCUGGUGAUGGCCUUUGUAUAA